AUGCUGUCAAAUGCAGGCUCAUCUGGCAGACCAGCGUUCAAAAAGAAAACUGUCAAGGGGAAAGGGAAAGCACGUGCCCGGGAGAGUAUUUUCGCUCAAGAUUCUGCCUUGGAAGACCUGGAAAUAGAUCAGAAACAAGACUCGACUGUGUUCGCGCGACCAUCAGAGAAAAGAGCUGUGUCCAGUGGUGAGAAAAAUGCCCCUGGCGCUGAAGGAAAGUCAAAGUCGGCCCGAUGGGCUCAGUUUGCUAAGCUAGCGAGUCCAGAAUUAGGAUCCAGCUUCCAAGAUGGUGAGCACAAACGAGAAAGAGAGUCAUCGGACAACUCGAUGGCUGAAUCUUCAAAUAUUCCGACUGUUAAUGCGCUGCUAAGUGAUGCUGUGGUGUCUGGAUUGGACUCUCCUUUGAUUGCCAAUGCUGGAAUUGACGAGUCCCCGAUGAUUGUCGAUGCUCUGGCCGCUGAUGUUCAAGCUAAACCGGCAAGUGAAAACACCGCAGGACAGAUUUAUGUCGCUCCAAAAACGUUUCUGCUACGAGAAUCCCACUUCAGGGAUAAACCCAUCCAACUAGAAAGAGAGUACGAUGAUUUGAGUGAUGACGAGAAGCCUAAAGUCCAAUAUGAAGAUGACGACCAGAUGCAAGACGGCGAAACCUUCUUGCAGGAUGCUCCAACUCGCUUUGAUCUGGAAAUGUAUGAGAGUGAAAUAAUGUCUGUUGCCAGUGAUGACCAUCACACUGGGAGAAAGAUUGUCGAGCCUCCUAGCGUGGCGGAUCUUCUAAGCUCGCUUGGUCAAAGAGUCCAAGAACUACUGUUGAAUUCGGAGUGUCGGAAAGUGGAAAUCCAGGAUUUGAAAGUGCAUUUGGAAGGUGCUCGGGCCGCAAGAGAAAGAAUACUAAGUCAGCUACGCUGUAUUAUGGAGAAGAGCACACAAGGCUAA